CCGGUGGGUGAUCAUUAUAUAACCCGAGUUUAGGUUUGUCAUGCCUAUACGACACCGUUUGAGCAAACUAAACCUUCUCUAAUCAGAAUCUGAAUUUCGACAUUUCAUGCCCUAUUCCACAACGUGACUUCCUCCGAUGUUAGAGUGUUCAUAAAAGGAAGAGUAGUAGUAAGCAGUAAGAACAUUCAUCUUAGAUAUGAAUUCAGUUGCUAGGAGUUUAUCAAGCUUAUUCAGACAUUCAGGUUUCACAACUGAACCCUUCAAUAGUGCGCAUCAUCAAAUGCAACAGCUUCAGCAAUGCAGAGGCAUUAGAGUGAAAGUCUUAAAUGGGAACUUGGAACAGGCAUUGACAUUGAUGCAGCGUAAGAUGCAAGCAAGUGGGAUCGAGAGGAUGAUAAAGAAAGAACAAAGAUUUCAUAUCAAAAACUCUGAGAAGCGUGUUUUGGCUCGAAAGAACUUGGAACGGAGGCUUCGAUCUGAGGAUCUUGCUAAGAAACUUAAAGCUAUUAUGAUCAAGAAAGUCAGGGGUCUAUGAGAACGUUGCACUUUGUGUCAGAAAUGGCAGGUACAAGUGGCAGUUAUUUUAUAAUUUGUAUGGGGACACUGAAGUUGACACAUUCUUUACAAUUGUGUAUCGGGUUAUAUGUACUUUGAUGGAUGUGAAUUUUGCUAUUAGAUGCUUUUGCAAUCCAAAUACUACAAAGAAACUAAAACAUUUUAUAAUAAGUUUCUUGAAUAUGGGUCAAAAUGUUGAA